AUGACCACACUUCGGCCACAUCCACGCUAUGUAGAAAUUGCGGUGAACUUGGGCGAUCCCAUGUUCCGUGGGAUUUACCAUGGCAAGGAGAAGCAUCCAGACGACAUCGAGCAUGUUCUGCAGCGCGCCGAGCAAGCAGGUGUCGAAGCGCAAGUCAUAACAGCUGGCUCGCUGGCAGAAGUGCCUGACGUGCUAUCCCUGACGGAACGCAAGCCGUACCUGUUUGCUACGGCAGGAUGCCACCCGACACGCAGUUCCGAGAUGGAGGCGUACGAAGGCGGUGCUGCCGCCUACGUCGCACAACUCCAUCACUACAUUCAGACCCAGCCGAAGAUUGUGGCUGUAGGCGAGCUGGGCUUAGAUUACGAUCGACUUCAUUUCUCGCCAGCCGAUGCACAGCAGCGAUGCUUUGACGCGCAAUUACGCAUGGCUGUCCAGGUUCAGCGGCCCUUGUUUUUGCAUUCGAGAGCAGCGCACGCCGACUUUGUGCGCAUUCUGUCGCCUCAUCUUCCAGCGCUGCGUAGACACACGAACAGCGUUGAUGCAGAAAGUCCAGGCAGUGUAGGUGUAGUGCACAGCUUCACAGGCACAGCUGAGGAACUCCACGAGUUGCUGCAACUGGGUCUGUACAUCGGCAUCAACGGAUGUUCUAUGAAGACGCAAGAGAACCUCGAUGUCAUUCGACAGAUUCCUUUGCACAGACUUAUGCUGGAAACAGUAGAUGCGCCGUGGUGUGAUAUCCGACCGACACAUGCGUCUGCGGCUCACUGGACCGCCUUCGAAAAGGCCGAACCUGACCUGGCCAAACUCUAUAUGCCCCCCCGCGUAAAGUCGGAGAAAUGGCGCGAAGACUCGGCUGUAAAAGGACGAUGCGAACCAUGUCAUAUUGGCCAAGUGGCCGCAGUUGUAGCUCAGCUCCAGGGCGUGCCACUCCACGAUGUAGCGCAGCACGCCUGCGACAACGCACGGCGCCUCUUCCAGCUGCCUGUGGUGGAGGCGGCGGCGGCGUGA